GUGCCCUCCUGCCCUGGUGCCCCCUAUCCCCAUGCCCUGUCCCCGUGCCCUGCUGACGCACACGUGCCCACGACCUACAGGCACAUGAGGCUGCGGUGCAGUGUGAAUCAGUGCCUCGGUCUAAUUUUGGCCACUCUGCCAUGCCGGGGAGUGAGUUCCUGCCCUGUCUCCAGAAGGAAGAACAGAGCCCCAUUUAUUUCCUCUCUCCACCACCCCACAGCACUCUAGCCGGCAGCAGAGCUUAUGGGCAGGCUCGGUUCUAUGGAGCAGCAGUUGGCUGGGUGUCCAGUGUGAGAAAAUUAUGCCGAGUUCCCGAAAUCCCCUCCAAAUUCAGCUCCAUGAGCUAUGAGGGGGCAAACGCCCACCCGCAUCCCGGGGUGAUUUCAUCUGUGAUGUGGCAAAAUGUGUUAAUAGCGGCCCUGCUGCAUGCCGCCGGGGGGGCGGGAGGUGGAGCUGGGGCAGGAUAAGAGCCAGGGCUCAGCCCUGAGCGGGGCAAACCCCAUCUGCCAUCCCUACACCACGAGAGCAGCAGGGGACAAGGACUGCAGGAAAUGGUGAGGCUGCACCCCUGAGUGGCGCUUUGGGGGGAUUUACCUGGGAAAUGGGUCACAAGGGUUGGAUGCUUUCUGCCGUUCCCCACCACUCAGUUUCCAGCUCAUCCAGCUGCCUCUGGCUGCCCGCUCCGGUGCUUUCCAAAGGGUUUCACCCGGGAGGUGGGAUGCAGGAUGAGCAUGCUGGCUGCAUUCCACUGCUUCCCUCCGGCUUUUUGCAGCGAGCCUUGAGAGCAGCACAGGGUCCCACAGAGGAGGAUGCUGAGGAUGCCGUGCAUGCGGCUGCAUCAUGCUCUUGUCACCCUUCUGCUUACUUUGGGCAAAUUGUCCCAUCCGAGAGGGCAGCUCUUGCCUCACAGAGCAGGGGGGUGGCACUCCCGGGGGGCAGCUUGGGAGGAGGCAGCAGUGGCGUGAGUCCCAGUCCCACGUCACACAUUCCCGACCAAAGGGCAGGUGUGGAGCGGGGAGCGGCUGCGGGAGGAGACGCCGUGUUGUCCCCACGCUGUCUUCACCACCCCAUCCCUACGCUGCCACCACCCUGUCCCCUUGGUGUGAACAGGAGGGAGUGCACCAGGUGGGGCGUGAUGCUGAGCGCUGCGCUCUGUUCCUGCAGGCUGUGCUGCUGCCUUUCCUGCUGCUGCCAUGGGGCAUGGUGCAAGGGCUGAGCCUCCAGCAUGGCCCCGCUGUGCCCGGUGCCCCCUGGCAUGAAGGUGGGUGGGACAAGGCGGGCAGCAGUGGGGUAAUGCUGGAGCUCCCUGGGGGGACACAUGGCCAUGGCUCUGGGGAUGGCUCUCAGCUGGAUGGAACCACGCAGCUGCUGCUGGAGGAGUCGGUGAGAGAAGCAUGGCCCUGGCUGCCAAACCCCGACGCCAACAGAGCUGCUGCGGUAAAAAAGAGCAGCACGGCAAAAAAGGUGUCCCUGUCCCUCGAUGUUCCCAUGCACAUCCUGAAGAUCCUGCUGGACUUGGCCCGGGAGAAGGAGCUGCAAGCCAAGGCAGCCGCCAACGCCAAGCUGAUGGCACGCAUCGGGCGCAGGAAGUGACCAGGACACACGGCCAUGGCCAAGGGACUCUGUGGGGCUGGGGGGGCUGCUGGCAGCCGUUCCCUGAGCCCAGCCGUGCAGGUGCAGGAUUCAGCCCCAAACAAACUGAUCCUUGGGAUGGGCUGCACAGACGGUGUGCACCCAGCAGCUGCUGUUCUAACAACCCAAUGUCAGCACCGUGGGAGCAAAGCACCAGGCCGAGACAGCCCUGGUGACACCGUGCCUGGUGCAGCGGGGACUACGUGUAUGUCCUUGUCCUCAACGUACCUCUGCUGGUGUGCCCCAGGGGGUGUCCGUCCAUGCCUUUUGACCCCCAGUUUUCUAUGUACCCUCUGUCGAGAUGCUCUGUACACCAUAAAGCCCACCCAGACCUAUGAGCGUUGUACGUGUGCACUGUGUGGUGCCACCCAGCGCCGCCCUGGGGCUUGCCACGCGCCCCAAGAUAAGUGCCGAGCGGGCAGCGGGCAGCCGCCCCGAGCAAAGGGCAGGGCCAGCGCUGGGGCUGCUGCUGGGGCUGCUGGAGCUCGGCUGGACACGGCCAUGCUUUUCGAGGAGCUCCUGGUGCAGGGUGAGAAAGCACGGUGUUGGGGUGGAGGUGUCGGGGUGACCCCACUGUGGGGUGGGGUAUUUUGGGGGUGGGGAGUGGAGCAGGGGGUGCAGGCCAGCUGCUGCCGUGUUGGGGUGAGCAGGGGAUGAAAGGGUCACAGCCCUGCCAUGGGGACGUGGGGGGACAGCUGGGUGACACAGGGAUAUCAGGAGGGGUUCGGCCCCAUCCCCACUGCUGUGUCGUCCCUGCCGGUGUCCCUGCUGCUGCUGGGUGCCACGUUGUCCCCUGCUGCCGCUGGUCCCGGGGUGCCCCUCCACUGUUCCUCUCAGCACCCUCCAAGUGCCACCAGCUCCUGCGUAUCCCCCGGUCCCGCUGUCUCCCCCAGGUCCCCGAGUCCCGUGGUCCCGGUGCCUCCCAUCCCGGUGACCCCUGCUCGCUGGCACCCCGCAGCCCCAAAGUGAUCCCCGCAAACUCCGCUAUACCCCCCAACCCGCUGCCCCCAAC